AUGAUAAGAUUGAUUGGUUUCAACACCAAAAGAUUUUAUUCGUCUCUUAAAAUAGCCCGAACUGAAAAUAACACAAUAACAAAAUCAUUUAAAAAAUUAAAUACUGACGACCCUUUAUAUCAAAACUCUUAUCAAUCUUUAUUAAAAUUAAUUCAAGAACAAAAAGAAAUUAAAUUAAAUAAUAAUAAUAAUCCAAAUAAUAAUAAUAUUAAAAAUAAAGAUAAUUAUUAUAAUAACAAUAAUGAAAAUAAAAAUGAAAAUUUAAAAUCAACAUCAUUAGAAUUAUUAUUUGAAACAAAUGAUAAAUUUAAUUUUAAAAAUAUUAAAAUAUAUAAUUAUGAUAUUGUAUUAGUAUCAUUAAGAAAGAAUGAACCAAUAUUAGGAUUUGUAAAGAGUAAUGGUGGUGGUGAUGGUUCAUCAAUGAUUAUACAAUCUAAAAAAAAGGAUCUGGUGGUUUCAGCUGAGGAUGUAUUACUUACAAUACCAACAUCACAUCUUAGGGAGAAUAUAGAUCAAUUAUUUGAUGAACUUUUAGAGAAUUUAAAAUUAAUUUCUCAACAUUAUGGUUUACCAGAUUCACCAUUAAAUAAUAUAAAAUUUGAUUUGGCAAAAACAGAUUUCAAAAAAUUAAAAGAUUCAUUUAAAAGAAUUAAACAACAACAACAACAAAAAAGAUUAAAUAAAGAAGAUGAGGAUAAACUAUUUAUAGAAUUAUUCCCAAAGAUUGAAAGUGAUCCAUAUUCUUUAGUUGCAAAUAUAAUUGAAUCAAUUUUAACAAAGAUUGUAAAGUCAGAACAUUGGAAACAAUUAUCAGAAAAUGUUUAUAAUAAUUUUAAGAAAUUUAAUCAAGAAUCAACCACAUCAAAUGGUAAAAUUUGGUCAGAUCAACAAAAACAUUAUGAUUAUAUUGAAGUUAAAAAAGUUACAGAGUAUUUAUUUGGUGGUGGUGGUGAUAAUAAUAAUAAUUCAUGGAUUAAUUUAUUUCAUCAUUAUUGUGUAAUUGAUAUGUUAUCAUAUUAUGAUUCAUUUUAUUUAUUUAAUUCAGAAUAUUUUUAUUGUCAAACUGAGAAAUAUAUUGAAGAUUAUAAAGCUGAUAUUAAACAAUUACAAGAAUCAUCAACGAUGGAAAAGAAAAUAUUUUUAAAAUAUGCAUCACAAUUACUGAUGACAUCGGAUGACCAAUCAUUUAAACCAAAUCUUUAUAUUCAUGGUGAUAAGAGUAUUACAGAUAUUAAUAAAAUGGAUCCAUUAUCAAUACCUAAAGAGUUACAACAACCAUUUGAAUGUUUUAAAAGAUUACUUUAUACUCUAUUAAUAUUUUCAAAUGAUCAUUCAGAAUUUAGAGAAAUCAUAUCAAAAGAAUUAGUUUAUCCAAUUAAAAUUUCAAGUAAUUCACAAAUUGAAUACCUUUUACAAAAAUUGGGUAAAAUUAAUUUAAACAAAGAUAAUUCAUAUUGUUUUUCAAUUUUUGAAAAUCGUUUAAAAUUAAUUGGUAAUAGAUUAAUUGAUCCACCAAAUCAUUUAAAUGAUUUACCAAUUGGUACUAAAGUAGAUAAAAAUGAAAAUAUAUUAUCAAUAAAUUCAAUAAUUGAUAAUGAUGGUAGAAUUAUAAUUAAUGAUAAAUCAUUUGCAAUUGAUUCAGAGAGUACUAAAGAUGUUGAUGAUGCAAUUGGUUUAAUUGAUGAAGGUAAUGGUGAAUAUUCAGUAAUAGUUCAUAUUGCAGAUGUAACUGAUAUUGUCAAACCACAUAGUGAUCAUGAUAAAUGGGGUCAAUUUAAAUCAUCUUCAAUUUAUUUACCACAUAAAACUUAUUUCAUGUUACCAAAUUCAAUCACUAAUCAUCUAAGUUUAUCACCAAAUAAAUCAAAUAAAUGUUUAUCAUUUCAAUUCAAAGUUUCAAAUAAAGGUGAAAUUAUAGAUUAUAAAAUUUUCCCAUCAAUUGUAAAUAAUUUAAUAAAAACAAGUUAUAAUAAAGUUGAAAAUUCUUUAUUAGAUAGUAAUAGUAGUAAUAAUAAUAAAAAUACAAUUCAUUCAAUUGAUGAAAUUAAACAAUUAAAGAAAUUAUUUGAAAUUUCAACAUUAUUAAAAGAAAGAAGAGAAAUUAAUAAACCAUAUAGAAUCGAUUUACCAUCAAUUAAAAUCAAUGUUGAUAAUAAUGGUUUAAUUGAUGUAUGUCAAGAUCAAAGAGAAAAUGAAAUUUCAAAUCAAUUAGUAUCAGAAUUUAUGAUUGCAACUGGAUAUAUAUCAUCAUUAUUUGCAAUUGAAAAUGGUAUUGAUAUUCCAUACAGAGUUCAAAGUAAACCAGUGAUUACUGGUGAAUACGAUCUCGAGAAUGAGAUUGAAAAAUUACAUCCAAUAACAUCGUUAUUGGUUGCAUCAAGAAUCCAAGAAUCUGGUGAGGUCUCAAUUAGCAAUAUUGGCCACCACUCAUUGGCAUUGGACAAUUAUACAUGGGCAACCUCACCGAUUAGACGUUAUCCUGACAUAAUUGUGCAUUCUCAAAUUAAAAGUUUUUUAAAAAAUAAAAAUCAAGUUUACUCAUAUCAACAUUUAAAUAAAAUUAUACCAACUGUGAAUAGAAAUUUAAUGGCAAUUAAAAAAUUACAAAGAAAUAUCGAGAAAGAAUAUCUUUUACAUUAUUUUUAUAAUCAACAAAUUUUAUAUAAAAAUAGAACCAUUCAAAGACCAAAAUAUAGAGCUGUGAUUCAAUCAUCUUCAAAUUCAAAAAAUGGUUCUGAACCAUUAUCAGUUUUCUUAUUAUUAGAUUAUGGUUUAUUUGAAGUUUUUGUAAAUGAUGAUAUUCCAAUUUCAGAUAAUAUUUUCAUUUUAACUACUUCUUUUAAUUAUAAAAAUCAAUUAGAAUUUAAAGUAUUAAAUAAAUAA